AUGGGAAAGAGUGUGACUCAAUUCAUUAGAAGUUUCGAAGUUCAUAAUGUCAAGCAUUACAUAAAUGUAACAAGAGAUUUGGAGUUUGACACGUUACAACCCAAUCGAAAGUUAUGGCUUGGCCUUCGUCGCAAUCCAAAAAAUUUCCAAAAAGAAACACGAGGGGUUGUGAGAGCUGAAAUGUUUGGUCAAUUGACAAGUGGCCUAGAAGUUUCUUGGAUCAAACUUAAAGGAGAUGAGGUUUUGACAAAUGAAAAUAUUAUGGGACCAAUGUGUGACAUUAGAAGAGCACUUUUUGAAGUAGAUGCGAGUCUUGUUAUUAGACAGGUUGUCCAAGCUAUAAGUGACCUGGUUGUGGGAGUUGUUUUAUUUCAAGGGGUGAACCCGAAUCAACAAUUAUUUAAAAUUGUACGUGAUGAGUUGAUAAAAGUGAUGGGAGAACAGGUUAUUGAAUUUGUGUUUACAAAUUUUGGUGGUGCACCAGCCGGGAAAAGUGUACUUCAAUCUCACACUUUUUCUAUGAGUAUAAAUGUGUUUUUCAGAGUUCUUAACAAUGUUAGCUUGGCUUUCGGGCAUGCUGAAACAGAGAGACUAUCCCUCAUAACAACAUUUGUCCCUGAUAUUGAUGAAUCAAUUUGCAAAUUGGUGAAACAACUCUAUAAGCUUGUGGACAUUCAUGAGGUACAAGAUAGUAACCAGUUGUCAUUGGCUGAACGAGAAUUGAUGUUAACAAUGAUUUUUGUGAAUGUUGCUGCUCGACAAGAUGUCCUUAACAUGACCGACAUAUUUAAAGUCACGACAUUCAAUGUUGAGAUAGGGAUUGUAGGUGCCAUUUUAACAAAGCUAGAUAGAGGUUCUAGAGAUGAUGCAGCUUUGAGUGAUAAAGAGCUGUCCGGAAAGCCAAUCAAACUUGCAGGAUAUGGAGAGCACAUGGAGGACCUUAAACUUUUCUAUUUUGAUCGAAUGGUUGGAUGCCUCUCGGGGGUGGGAGAUGUUUUCUCAUUGGUUGAGAAGGCACAAGAAGUUAUAUGCCAAGAAGAUGCUGAAAAUUUGCAAAGGAAGAUAAGGAGUACAAAGUUUGACCUCAAUUAUUUCUUAAAGCAGACUCAUGCAAUUACUCGGAUGAGUUCUCUGACUCGUGUUAUUGGUAUGAUUCCUGGUAAGGGAAAGGUUACCUCAGCCCAAGUUCGAGAAGUAGAGAAGAAUUUAAACUUAAGGGAGUCGAUGUUUGAAGUCAUGUUAACGCAUUCAUCAACAAGAAGUCACUCCACUAUCUUUGUUGGAAAAACAAAUCGUGUUCAACAUCUUCUUCGAACCUUGAGGACAAGGUUCCUCUACAAGAGAGGGAUUGAUGAUGCACAAUUGUUGAUGCACGUAUAUCUCAUAGAUAUAAUUAUUUAA